AUGUGGCUUAGUUUUGAUCCCAAUGAUUGUCUGAUAAUUUCCCCUCAGACGCUUGAUGGAGGGCUCAACGUCGUCCAGCUGGAGACGGCCGUCGGAGCGGCGAUCAAAUGCUUCGACAACGCCCUGGGAAUAAAUGUUCCCCGCAGCCGCUUCCUUCCGGUCAAGACCACGUCUGACCUGCUGCUGGUCAUGUCUAACCUCUACAGCCUGGAUGCCGGCUCCCUCACCAUGAGCCCCAAACGAGAGUUCCCAACGACGCCUCACGUCAAACUGGGCAGCUCCUUCACCAAGGUUCAGGAGUACCUGACCCGCUUUGAGAGCAUCCCUGACAUGCUGGAGCUGGACCACCUGACCGUCUCUGGAGACGUCACAUUUGGGAAGAACGUCUCGCUGAAGGUAAACCUCCUAAAGAGCCGAAAAACAUUCCCACUCUCU